AUGAUUAAUGUGUUUGAACUUACGUUGCAUGUUUACUUUACAGGAACGGCUGGAGAUUCUUUAUCCUAUAACAAUGGCAUGAAAUUCACCACUCAAGACGUCGACAAUGAUCUCAAAAAAGGCGCACACUGUGCACAGGAGCGGCAUGGUGCAUGGUGGUUUCGUGAAUGUAGUUAUGCACACCUGAAUGGUGCAUAUCUACCAGGCAGUCACGAUAAAAAAUGGGAAGGUAUAUGCUGGAAAGAUUUUAAAGGAGGAUAUUAUUCUUAUAAAGCCACUGAAAUGAAAGUAGGACCUGACAAGGUUUAG